AUGGAUUACUGUGUACAUGGGUGGGACAACCUCCCAAGGAAACUACUCAUGUACUUCACCAAUGUGGCCUACCCACUUGAAUCCUACUUUCAUACAGUCCUCUGCAACUCCCCUGAAUUUCAGAACACUAGUGCAAACAAUGAUCUGAGGUUCAUUGAAUGGAACAACCCUUCAGACAUGGAAACAAAUUUUCUCAAUCUGUCUCAUUAUAAAAGAAUGGUACUAAGUGGGUCAGUCUUUGCAAGACCAUUUCAAGAAGGCAAUCUGGUGCUUCAGAAAGUGGAUGAAAUCAUACUGAAACGCCGGCCAGAUGGAUUUGUCCCUGGAAAGUGGUGUUUGGACACAGGAAUGAAUCAGACAAUGGAGAUUUCAAAUUCAGAUAUAAAUGAGGAAGAACCCUCUUCAAUCUGGGGAGACAUUAAUGCUGUCAAGCCAGGGCCUUAUGGACUGAAGCUCAGAGCUAUUUUGUCUAAACUUGCUGAUGAAGGAAAGAUAAGAAACAUCAAUGUAUGUAAGGUGUUCAACUCGAAUUAG